AUGGAAAACCCUCUUCCAUCUCCUCCAAACCCUAACAAUGCCCAACUUCCCACCGAAGUAAACGACGACAUCGACGAACAAGUAGCUGAAGAAGAACAUGACGACGAAGAGCAACGAGGAGAAGUCGAAACCCUAGAAAACCAAAACCAACAAGCCGUCGUGGAAGUUUCAAAUCCAACUGCGGCUUCGACCGAGACUGUCAAAGCUAACAGUGUUGAGGAAAUAGAAACUAACAAUGAAGAAGAGGAAGAUAUCGAUUUGGAAGACGAGCUUGUUAAGAAGCUUCUAGAGCCUUUCACGAAGGAGCAAUUACACGCUCUCGUGAAGCAAGCGAUUGAGAAGUAUCCCGAUCUAUCGGAGAAUGUUCAUUCGCUGCCUGAUGUAGACCCAACUCAAAGGAAAACUUUCAUUCAUGGACUUGGAUGGGAUGCAACUUCCAAAACCCUAACCAGAGUGUUUCACAAAUACGAUGAAAUUGAAGACUGUAAGGCGGUUACUGAUAAAACAUCUGGAAAAUUGAAGGGUUAUGCUUUUAUGAUAAAGUGUUGUGUUUCAUAUGCAACGAGUGAGGUAGGGGUGUUCGCGGUGCGGUUUGGGCGGUUUUGA